AUGAUUAUCGCUCGCAGAUUUUCCAUCACUAAUUUCGCAAUCGCCACCUCGGCUCUUGGUUUCCAAGUAUUUGUCCUGUACCCAUGGCACAACAAACUCGAUGAGGAUUUUAAGGAUCUGAAGCAGGAGAAUCUAAGGUUAAUGCAAGAAGUCGAGAAGCACAGGGCCGCCGAUCUCCAGGAAAUCAAGGAGGCAUUUACUCGGCUGAGGCUUGCCCAGUGA